GGGGCGGCGCGGCGCGGCGCGGCCAGCCCCCUGCGCCUCCCGGCACGCCAUGGAGAGCAGCCGAGCCGGGCGGGAGCCGCAGCCGCAGCCGCAGCCAGCGCAGGGGCGGACGGCGGCUCCCGUGGGAGACAGCAUGCUCGCCCCCGGCUCGCCGCCCCCCGCGCCGGGGGGGUCCCCACCGCCGCGCCACCGGCCCGGCCCUCCGGCCGCAUCCCCCUCCGGACAGCCCGGCUCACCCGUCCCUCCAGCUGCGGCCCCCUCCGGACAGCCUGGCUCACCCGUCCCUCCAGUUACAGCCCCCUCCGGACGUCCUGGCUCACCCAUCCCGCCGGCCGCAGCCCCCUCCGGAUGCCCCAGCUCGCCCACCCUACUGGAUGCAGCCCCCUCUGGACGCCCCAGCUCACCCAUCCCGCCGGCUGCAGCCCCCUCCGGACGCCCUGGCUCUCCCGUCCCUCCAGCCGCAGCCCCCUCCGGACGCCCCGGCUCGCCCGCCGCCCCACAGCCCGUCCCCGCGGCUGCCCCCCCAGUGGAGGUCCUGCCCCCCGUGCAGCUCGAGCCGGCCCCCCCCGGUGCCCCGUGUGCCCCCAGUGCUGCGCAGCCUGAAGCAGAGCCCGUCGCCCAGCCCGUCCUCGCCGCCCCCUGCCCAGCAGAACCACUGCCCCGUGGUGGGGACCGGCCUGCCCCGGGCGCCGGGACCCCCCCAGGCGCCGCUGCUGCCGGCCCCUCGAAGGAGGCGCCCCCCAGGAGCGACCGCGCCGCCCCCACCGCCAGCCCCCGCGCCAAGCAAGACGCCCAGAAAGCCCAGGCGAGGCACAAGCAGGCGAAGGAGCGGCGCGAGGAGCGAGCCAAGUACCUGGCUGCCAAGCGGGUGCUGUGGCUGGAGAAGGAGGAGAAGGCCAGGCUGCUGCGGGAGAAGCAGCUCGAGGAGCGCCGCAAGCGCCUGGAGGAGCAGCGGCUGAAGGCGGAGAAGCGCCGCGCCGUCCUCGAGGAGCGGCAGAGGCAGAAGCUGGAGAAGAACAAGGAGCGCUACGAGGCGGCGAUCCAGAGGUCGGCCAAGAAGACGUGGGCAGAGAUCCGGCAGCAGCGGUGGUCGUGGGCAGGGGCCCUGCACCACGGCUCCCCCGCGCACAAGGACGGUGCGAGCCGGUGCUCGGUGUCGGCCGUAAACCUCCCCAAACACGUGGACUCUAUAAUCAACAAGCGGCUCUCCAAAUCCUCCGCCACCCUCUGGAACUCUCCCAGUAGAAACCGCAGCCUGCAGCUGAGCCCCUGGGAGAGCAGCAUCGUGGACCGGCUCAUGACGCCCACCCUGUCCUUCCUGGCGCGCAGCCGCAGCGCCGUGACGCUGGCCGCCAACGGCAAGGAGCAGGUGCCCGUGUGCCCCCGCUCGGCCUCCGCCAGCCCCCUUGGGCCCUGCCAUGGCCACCGCCUGCCGCACCAGUGCCGGGAGCCGCGGAAAGGGGCCGCCGGCAGCCCCGAGGUCGCGCUGCGCCGCCGGCCCGAGCCCUCGCCGAAGAAGAAGGAGAAGAAGGACAAGGAGCGGGAGAACGCCAAGGAGCGCAGCGCCCUGUCCCGCGAGCGCGGCCUCCCGCAGCGCCCGCCGGCCCACGGCAGCCCCGGACCCCGGGACCGGCCCUCGUCGCCUGCCGCCCGGCCCGGCUCACCCCGGCGGCCCCCGGCACCCCGCGGCACCCAGCCCUGGCCCCUGGCACGGGCCGGGCCACGGGAGCCGGCCGCGGUGCGUGAGGGCAAGGAGGAGGAGGAGGAGAAGGAGAAGGAGGAAGAGGAGAGGGGCCCGGCCGCCCCGGCGCCCGCCGAGCCCCCUGGCGCCGGCCCCCGGCCCCCCGCCGGCACCACGGACCGGGAGGAGGCGGCGCGGCUGCUGGCGGAGAAGCGGCGGCAGGCGCGGGAGCAGCGGGAGCGCGCGGAGCGGGAGCGGCGGGAGCAGGAGCAGCGGGAGAGGCUCCGGCGGGACGAGGAGGCGCGGCGGGAGGCCGAGGAGCAGGCCCGCGCCGAGGCCCUGGCCCGCCGGCGCCAGGAGGAGCGGCGGCUGCAGGAGGAGAGCGAGGCCCGGGAGAGGGCGCGGGCCGAGCAGGAGGAGCUGGAGCGGCUGCAGAGACAGCGGGAAGAGGCCGAGGCCAGGGCGCGCGAGGAGGCCGAGCGGCAGCGCCUGGAGCGGGAGAAGCACUUCCAGCGCGAGGAGCAGGAGCGGCUGGAGCGGAAGAAGCGCCUGGAGGAGAUCAUGAAGAGGACGCGCAGGUCGGACGCGGCGGACGCCAAGAAGAAGGAGGACAAGCAGAUGGUGAACGGGAAAGCGGCUGAGCAGCAGGACCUCAAAGGCCCCGAGAAGCGCGCGGGGCCGCUGGACAAGGAGCAGGAGCUCCCCGAGACGGAGACGCCGGCGGCGCAGAAGGGUCCAGCCGGUGCCGGGCCGCAGCCGAGCUCGCCGGCCCAGGAGACGCCGGCGCUGGUGAACGGCGUGCAGCCCGGCAAGCAUGAGAACGGCUUCCCGGCCACGGCGGGGAGCCAGGAGCUGCCGGGCACGCUGGAGCGGGCGCACCACGGCGCCGGCACCAUCAUCCCCUUCGGUGACAAGGAGCCCUUCCUCAAGAAGGCCGUGGUCAAACCCCCCCAGGUCACAGAAGUGCUGUGAGGGCCGAGGCCCCGGCGGACGUCCCUGCGUGCCCGCCGGCGCCGGGCACCGGGCUCUCGCGCAGGACCGUAGCCGUUGUCAGAAGAAAAACCUCGCCGCUGCCCUCCACCCGCCGCCCGCGGGCAGCCCAGGCGGCACGCGGCCCCGCCGGGGCAGCUCGCGGCCCCCCGCCUGCUCCGGGGACUCCUGGUUUCUCUUUUCAUCUUUGUUUUUAUUUUGUUCCGUUUUUUUUUUUUUUUUUAAAUAUGCACCUUAUCAGACUGACGCCCCCCCCACCCUAGCAGCCCACCAGAGCCGCCCCAGACGUGUGGUGUAAUAAUGUAGUUAUUUAACUUGCUGGGUACAAUAUGUGAAUACUGUAAAUAAAGCAGGUGAGGCAUCGGGGACGUGUGCCCAGGCCCGGGGCUCACGGGGAGGCAGCGGGGCAGCGCCGCUCCCGCGUCCCCCGUGCCCGGCGUGUGCACGUGGGCGCCCGGGGCUGUCUGGCCCCGCGUGCCGCCAGGCGGGCUGGGACCACGUCGCUCUCUGUGCCGUCGUGACAGUGUUAUGCAUCCAGACAACCUUUGCAAACAAUAAAGCAGACAAGCCAC